AGCGCGAGAGUACCUGCUACUUUUCACUUGCUACUUUCCACUAUGCGCGGUGCGGUGAAGCAAACCCACCGCUCUUGACGCCCCUACUGUAUAUCUGGUGCGGUUAUCUCUCGCUGUGUGCACAGUGCUACAGUUGUAGUUCUUAAAGGUGUUUGAAUUCGACUCUCGUAUAGGCUACCUAUUUUAAUGAAUGAUUGGGAUUGCCCCAACGUUUAUUUUCAAAUAAUUUACGUUUAAUGCAAGACGUAUAGUUUCUUCAUGGCGUCUCAACAGCAGUCAAGAAUUCAGUCCUAUCUGGAGAAAAAUAAAAUUGGACCGCUGUUUGAGGAGAUGAUGACCAGUCUGAUAAGCGAGACCCCAGAUCACCCUAUUCCUUUUCUCAUCAAUCACCUGCAGACCAAGCAAGGCAGCCCCGGCAAGCUGCACAGGACACUGUCGGGCUCCGCCGCACUGUGGGCCCAGAGCUCUGCAGGAGAGAGUAAAGGACGCCGUGACUUCAGGAGUUAUGAGAAGCCCUGGCAGAUCCAUCCUAAGAAACCCAAGAAGUCUAAGAGUGAUCUGGCUGUGUCUAACAUCUCCCCUCCCUCACCAGAGUCCAAGUCCCUGCCGCGGUCCAUAGAGCACCCAUCGUGGGAGUGGAGGGAGAGCAAAGACUUUGAUGAGCUCAACCACAUCCUGCAGGAGAGCAAGAAGCUGGGCAAGGCUCUGGAGAACCUGUCACGCAGUAUCGCUGCUUCUGAUGAACUUGAUCAGAACCUUGGGGGGUAUAACUCAGUGCUGCGGCCCAGGGUUGUGGGGGAGUGGGUGGGCAGGGAGGAAGAAGAUCCAGACCCCCUGGCUGCAGAGAUGCUCCAGCCCCCAGUCCCAAGGAACAAGACUGAGGUGUGGGGGAGGGCCAACAACAGCCCCGCCUUGAGUGUGAAGAUGGAGGGGAAGAGUAAAGGGUUGAAGCAGCAGCAGCAGCACCACAAGAAGCUCCUGGCGGCCAUGUUGUCCCAGGAUUCCUUUGACUCCGCCCAUAGCUCCGCCCCCUCACUCACCGAGGAGGAAAUAGAGGAUGAGGAUGAUGCCAUGGAACUGUUGGGUGUUUUUAUAGGAGAAAGGGUGGCCGCUGUUAGCGUCAAAAUGAAGAUGCAUCUGACAAACAAGGACCUAGAUGACCUGCGUAUGGAGGGGGUAACAGGACUGGCCCCGUCAGGAAGUAAGUUCAGUCAGGGUCGUAGCUCCUACCUCCCAGAGCCCCAAGCAAAGGUCACACUCAACAUCUGCUCAAGGUGUGCAAGGCUGCAGGGGGACAGUCUGUCAGAUGCCAGUAGACCAGAAGAGGACCAGCACCAUGGACCCUCCCAGCAUGGAUCACCUCAACAUGGACCUCUCCAUGGAUCGUCUCAUCCCCUGCUCCCAGAGCAGGCUGCUGUCAACAUUCCUGAUGGAAAUGGGCCUCGUGGACCCCCCCAUCACUUACAACCUGUGCCUGAUAUCUCCUGUUGUUUUCCCGGGGUGGACACAGCGCCGGUUCGAGACCAGGAAUGCGAGAAUGUGUCUCAGGUCUCUUUCCCACGUCAGGCAGUCUGGGAGGCUGAUGUGAAGGUGGUUAAAGGAGUAGGAGGAGGGAGCUCGUCCAGGGAGCUGCUGGGACAGACGGGGGGACUGCUGCUAAGUGACUCCCUCUUCUCUAAAGAACUAGAAAACAUGGGCAAACACCUCGCUGAGGUGGAGAAGGACCUGGCCAAACUGGCGGAGCAGGGGAAACUAGCCCAGCGGAGCCCCAACAGCCCCCACAGUAGUCUGCUCCUCACCCCUCUGUUCCACACCUCCCUCCCUGGGGGAACCCUCCCCAACACUCUACCCUUACCAGGCCAGACCUCCAAACCCCCCCUCCAGACCCCAGUCCCCCCGUCCUCAGCGCCCGCUCAGCCAAGCCCAGCUCCAUAG